GACCCCGGCUGCAGACCCUCGCUCCUGCGUGACUGUGCAUGGGGGGGCGUCUCCGUCUGCACCUCGGUUUCCCUCUCUCCUCCCUCCGUGUCCCCACCCCGGGAGCCCUGGCUGGUGCGGGACGGCCCCAAGACUGACCACCUGACCUGUCCACAGGCACCGUCUGCGUCCUGCUGUCCUUCCCCUUCAUCUUCAGCCCCUGCCUGGGCUGCGGGGCGGCCACGCCUGAGUGGGCUGCCCUCCUCUACUACGGCCCGUUCAUCGUGAUCUUCCAGUUUGGCUGGGCCUCCACGCAGAUCUCCCACCUCAGCCUCAUCCCGGAGCUCGUCACCAACGACCAUGAGAAGGUGGAGCUCACAGCACUCAGGUAUGCGUUCACCGUGGUGGCCAACAUCACCGUCUACGGCGCCGCCUGGCUCCUGCUGCACCUGCAGGGCUCGUCACGGGUGGAGCCCGCCCAGGACAUCGACAUCAGCGACCAGCUGGGGGACCAGGACGUGCCUAUGUUCCGGAACCUGUCCCUGCUGGUGGUGGGUGUCGGCGCCAUGUUCUCACUGCUGUUCCACCUGGGCACCCGGGAGAGGCGCCGGCCGCACGUGGAGGAGCCAGGCGAGCACACCCCCCUGUUGGCCCCCGCCGUCACCCAGCCCCUGCUGCUCUGGAAGCACUGGCUCCGGGAGCCGGCUUUCUACCAGGUGGGCAUGCUGUACAUGACCACCAGGCUCAUCGUGAACCUGUCCCAGACCUACAUGGCCAUGUACCUCACCUACUCCCUCCACCUGCCCAAGAAGUUCAUCGCGACCAUUCCCCUGGUGAUGUACCUCAGCGGCUUCUUCUCCUCCUUCCUCAUGAAGCCCAUCAACAAGAGAAUUGGGCGGAACAUGACCUACUUCUCGGGCCUCCUGGUGAUCCUGGCUUUUGCCGCCUGGGUGGCGCUGGCGGAGGGGCUGGGUGUGGCCGUAUACGCAGCGGCUGUGCUGCUGGGUGCUGGCUGUGCCACCAUCCUCGUCACCUCGCUGGCCAUGACGGCUGACCUCAUCGGUCCCCACACGAACAGCGGAGCGUUCGUGUACGGCUCCAUGAGCUUCUCGGAUAAGGUGGCCAACGGGCUGGCAGUCAUGGCCAUCCAGAGCCUGCACCCUUGCCCCUCGGAGCUCUGCUGCAGGGCCUGCGUGAGCUUCUACCACUGGGCAAUGGUGGCCGUGACGGGCGGCGUGGGCGUGGCCGCUGCCCUGUGUCUCUGCAGCCUCCUGCUGUGGCCCAUCCGCCUGCGUCGCUGGCACCCUGAUGCCCGGCCCUGAUGAUCUCCUGCCCCUGUGCAAGGGAACCGCGGGGAUGCACGAGGAUGCCCCCCGGAACCUCGAGGAGACGCCCCCACUGCCCCUCGCUUUUCUCUGGACCCCCCCACCCUCCAUCCUCGCCCAGCUCCCGGCGAUGGGGUCGGGUGAGGACAGCAGUGAUGCCCGCCAGGGCCUUGUGAAUCCAGGGGCUUGCAGGGACCCCUGGGCUUUGAGGGUGCCCCAUUCUCAACUCUAAUCCCACCCAGCCCUCUGGAGGACUUGGGGUGCCCCUCUCGGCAGGGAGCAGGAAGUAGGAAUCCCAGAAGGAUCUGGGGGAAUGAACACCGCUGGCCUGGGGGUCUCCAGAUGCUGCCAGGGCCCCCUCAGGACGGCUGGAACCUAGAGGAGACCCCGUUACGGGGUGGUGGGCUGGGCCUGGACCCCGCCGUGGUGGGCAGCAGGACUGCCCAGUAGGCUUGGUGGACUCUGUUGGCAGCAAAUAAAGAGAUGACAGCG